AUGAUGUGCUCUGGCUGCGCGACGUGGCAGGUCUUCGUCGUCGUCGUCGCCGUGGGCCUCGUCGGCCUCGUGUGCAACUACUUAGCCAUUUCCGAGAGCCUCGCACCAAGCGCGCCGCCAAGUACGCUGCCGCCGCGCUACACGGUGCCGGCGGCGGCGUUGACGCCUCGCCCGCCCCGCACCCGGAACACCAGCAUCGUCUUUGACACGGUCUUCAACGUCACGACAGCGUAUACGCCCAAGUUCCCGGGAGCUGACCGCGGUAUCGUGCUCUGCCUCCACAACCAUAACGUACCCAUGGGUGCGUCGCUGCUCCAGGAGCUCCGCGCGCUCGGCAACUAUGAUCCCGUCCAGGUCUACCACUGUCUCCCGGAGGAGCUCGCAACCGUCUCACGCGACCUCUUGGCCUCCGACCCGCUCGUUGAGAUCAUCGACGUGUGCUCGUUGCUCCUUUCUACGCCGCUCUUUCCACCGUCGACCUCGGUCCGUGAAUUCCAGAGCUUUUGGCUCAAGCCGCUUGCGCUUCUCUUCUCGUCGUUUGACCAAGUGAUGCUAUUGGACGCCGACGACAUUUUCUUUGAGAAUCCAUCGACGCUGUGGGCGUCACUGAGCUACACUGAGACGGGCACGCUCUUCUUCUACGACCGCGUGGUCAACGCCAGCAUGUUUCUCAACACCGCCGUGACCAUGUACGCUUCGGACGGCGCCGAGACCAACGUGACGUACAUCAAGCAGCUCUUUGCGCAGGUUUUUCCGCUAAAAGAGCUCGGCUUUCCGCACCCACACGCACCGUCACCGCAGCUGCAAGCGUCGAUGGUGUGGCGCGGGCACUCGGCCCACGAGCAAGACUCGUCCGUUGUGCUCAUUGACAAGGUCCGCGCUGGCCCCAACGUCCUCCGCGCGCUCUUUGUUCUUAUUACAAGCACCCGCUUUGUCGAUCCCGGCUUUUCCUGGGGCGACAAGGAGGCUUUCUGGCUCGCUUACGAGCUCGUGGGGCAACCGUAUGCCUUCUCACCGUGGGCGUGCAGCGUCGUCAACCUCGCCAACGACUUGACGCGGCACAACGACACGCUGUGUGGCAGUCUCGCGCACUACAACCCCAAUUCUUCGAACGCAUCGCUGCUCUACAUUAACGGCCGGGAUAUCAUCGACCCGUAUAAGAGCCGGCGCGACCACCGAGUGCUGUGGGGCGACCGCUACCACCGACUGCUCGAAGCGCUGCCGACGCACGUGACUCCUCGCUCGCGCCGCCACCUUUCGCUGGGGGAGCGCGGCGACUUGGACCAAGCAUGCCUUAUCGGCGAAGGUGCCGCAGCCUUUGCUACGAAUGCGACGCAGCACCGCCUCGCCCAGCGUGUCCAAUGGUCGCUCGAGGUGGCGCGCACGAUCCAAUCAGCGUUUUCCGACGAGGAUUUUCCCCUUGGGGUUUUUCUUCUUGCGGUCACCUUUGCGGUCGGGUCCCCGAUAGCCUGUCUUGUGCUUUGUAUGGACGAUGCCUGA